AUGGAGCACAUGGGAACGCAGCACAACGCCUUGUGGCCGCGCGUAGAGGCGCUGCUGAAGUGCGCUCACGAGCUGGCGACUUCUGCUGAAGACUCCACUACCGAGGCGCCACCGGCGUCGUUGAGGGGCGAGGUGGACUUGAACUCGCUUUCCCGUGAGCGCCUCGAAGCCUUUCUCCAUGAGCGCGGCGUCGCUGCACCACCCGGCUACAGCCUUGGGGAUUUGGUGACACUGGCCAAGCAGGCCAAGUUCUUCAUGAAGAAGCCCACCGCGGCGAAGCCUCUACCCGCUUCUCCCUCGUGCGGCUUCACUCUGGCCAAGCGACCUUCGUCCAUCUCCGGCGCUGGCGAGGGCGUCUUCAUCCAGGGGAAAGCGAGUAGGGGUACGGUGGUGGCGUUCUACCCGGGGUGCGUCUACGCCGAGUCGGAUCUGCCGCUGGUCUACCCGCACAUCUACACCGACAACGACUACCUCGCGUUCCGUUCGGACAAGAUGUUGAUAGAUGCGAGCAGCAAGGGCAGCUCACGACAGGCGUUCCUCGCUGCCUGGUCCCGAGAUCACCCUCGCCAGCAACCACCUUCAGGGGACAAGAUCGAUUUUGCGGAGGUGUUUGCGAAUUCCUACGCGGUGGGGCAUCUGGUGAACCACCCGCCGGCCGACCGACGGCCCAACGUAGUCUCGCUGCCGUUCGACUUCCUAGCGGCCGACCUCGAUGCCCACGACCACCUGCGCCGACACAUUCCCAACGUCUACUUCCUCCCCCGACGCCACGAGGGCGACGCGGGUGCGGACGGAGUUGUCAUGUCGGGCAUGGUGAUCGUGGCCGCCGAUGAUUUGGAGGAUGGGGCGGAGCUGUUGAUGGAUUACCACUACGGCAUGCGUGGUGCGGACGUACCCUCGUGGUACCGCCCCGCCGCCGGUCUUCCUGUCCACCCCUCCGUCGCCUCCGAAUAA